AUGCGGCCUGGCCUCCUCUCUGGGAAUGAAAAGGUGACCAUGCAGAACCUCAAUGACCGCCUGGCAUCCUACCUGCGUCAUGUGUGUGCCCUGGAGGAGGCCAACACCGACCUCGAGCAGAAGAUCGAGGGCUGGUAUGAGAAACAUGGACCUGGUUCUGGCCAGGGACUUGCUCAUGACUAUAGUAGAUAUUUCUCAGUCAUUGAAGAUCUUAAAAGGCGGAUUAUUCCUGUGACCACCUGUAAUGCCAGCAUUGUUCUACAAAAUGACAAUGCCAAACUGACCACUGAUGACUUCAGGCUGAAGUAG